GUGCUCCUCGGCCCCAGAGCCAGUUCCCCUGUAAAGGCUACGCAAACAAAACUACAGGACAGAAGAGGAACAGGCAGCAGAGUGCCUCCGAACGAGGAAGUGGCAGGCGGCCGACGGGGCCCGCAGGACACAUGGCGCCACGGGGUGCUGUCCCAGGCCGACCGCUGGAGAGGGACCCCCAGGCAACAGGUGUAAGAGCACCACACAAGGAGGUAAUUAUCAUCUCUGUCCAAUAACGUGAAAAGAGUGUGGUUGCCAUGGAGACCGGGAAGCAAGGCUUUGUUGGAGCCCCAGAUCCCAGUAGCUCAGUCUCAGCACAGAGGGAGGACAUAAUGCACGGAGCUCAAACGUCUCUUUCUGCCGUGUACUUCCAUGCUCUGGGGGGGCUCCCAGUGUACGCACACGGGCAGCCCCCCGCCGAGCAGGACACGGUUGCAUUUCCUCUGUCAGCACCACAGCUGAGCUCGAAACCGGCCCUUUCCCUUCUGACCCUCCAUGUUGCCAGCGGAGUUCACCUCCAGCAGCCAGCUCAACGACUCGGGGCUGUGGCCGCAGCCGCAAAGCCAAAGUCGGCGGGGAAACACUUGUGCCCGUUCUGUGGACGUGACUGCCUAAAGCCCAGCGUCCUGGAGAAGCACCUGCGCUGCCACACCGGGGAGCGGCCGUACCCUUGCACCACCUGCGGUGUGGCCUUCAAGACCCAGAGCAACCUCUACAAGCAUAAGCGUACCCAGGCGCACGCCCGCCUGUCCUCCGACUCUGAGCGGGACAGCCUCAGCAGCCAGGAGAGUGUGCAGGGGUCCCGAGAAACCUCCUGGAGCGCGCCUUCCCUGGAGGGGCAGAAUGAGGGCUUGGAGAGCUUCGACAAGGAUGUUGUUUCUCCUCAGAAUUCACCCAGCACCACCAGUGGAUCACCCCAGGUUCUUUCAACACAAGUCAAGGCUGGGUCAGACACGGUAUGGGCUUUGCAGCAGGCUGCACUGGUUGGGCUCAUCCUUGCUCCCAUGAGUGAAAACCAGGAUACCCUUCAUUCCCUAGUCCAGAAUAACGGGCAGCCAUCGAGUGCAGUGCUCAGGCAAGAUAGAAAGGAGGAUGAGGAAAGGCCGCUACUACUGACACAAAACCGGCACCUUCCUCUUCAGAGACAGGAGGCCACUUUGUUCUCCCGUGCUUCCAGGGGGAAGUCCCAGAACCACGACAGCACAGACUCGGGCUUUUCGGAGGGCUCCGAGCAGCAUUGGACCUCGAGCCCCGGCAGCGCAUUGCACGACCACAGCAUGGAGUCCCUGGCUGAGUCCAGCACAGAGGACCAGGAGGAAGCCCUGGCACCAUCGGAGCUUGCGGAGACCGGGUCCAGCGGCAACACCAAGGGUAAAGUUUCUCUGCUGGAGAAGAGGAAGCUGGAGGAGCGCAUCUCCAGGUUGAUAUCAGAAAACGACGCCUUGGUGGACGACAAGCAGCUGGAGAAUGUGAGGCCGAGAAAGACGAUGCCAUCCAAGCAAGGCAGCAUCGACCUCCCGAUGCCCUACACCUACAAGGACUCCUUUCAUUUCGAAAUGAAGACGAGCAGGCAGACCACUGUGGUCUCAGACUGGCACAAGUCAGAAAGGCAGGUGAAGCAGGCACUAUACAGCUCUGUGCCAACGCAGCGAUCCACUAGUCUCGAGCAUGCUCCUCUGGCCAGGAGCAGCUCCCUGCCCUUCAACAUAGGCCACUCUGGGUUCGAAAGGGUCAACCUGUCCGGCUCCUGUCACAGUCAGAGCGCCCAGCAGAUUGGAAGGGAUAUCCAGGGGCACAAAUAUCCCGGAGAUCUUCUCAUGAGGUCCGUGGACCAGCCCAUUUCACACCACCGAUCUCUAGUGCGCCAGAAGGCCGUGGACUGCUUGUCGUCAGGUGAAAGCCUUGGCGUCUGCUCAUUGAUAGAGGAGAGCUAUCCCAGCAAUCUUGGAGCAGAUGGAGAUUCAACUGAUGGCGCCAGCGAGUCGGGCGGUGGGAAAUGUCGGCGGAAGAAAACACAGAAGUUCCCUUACAACAAAUGGUACAUGUAUGGGGACGGGACCUUCAGGAAACUCUACAACACAGAGAAGAACUCUGACCGAAACACCUCAAAGGUAAAAAAACCUGGGAUUAGCACAGAACAGGGAAAGGGGCAGGAGUCCCAGAACAAGGACAUUGCGACAUUUAAAGAACCUGGCCGUUCAGGAAUAUCAACCCCAGACUCGAAAUCACAUUCCAGUGUUACCGACUCUGCAGGUAGCCCACAUGGACUUUUGCCACAACUGCCCCCUAGUGGCAGAACUGAUUCAGAGCAAGACUCUAGCAACCUGAGUACAUGCCUCCAAAAGCCAGGAGUGAGGGAUCUCGGUGUGCCAGCGCAGUUGGGCAUCGUAAAGCAGAGCAGCAUCCAGAUGCCAGACAAGAAAAAUGACAAUGGAGGGAAAGAAUCCAACCAGGAACAGCAGACUUUGCAUCUCCCUCCUUCACAAGGCCUACAUCACCUUCCAUCUGAAAGGAAGAAACAGAGGACAGAUAAAAGUGUGCAUGUGGCAACCAAGAGAACUGAUGCAGAGGAGGGACACAGUGUUCCGCCACAUGUGAUCGGUCAUGUAGAAGAUAACAGUAUCCUGAGCCAAAAUCGACUCCUCACUGCCAUUAAGGGACCUGCUUCUCAGAUGUUCACCAAAGUCACAGAACAAAGUAGGGCUGACAGGUUACCAGUUGAAAGAAUGGAUUUCAGCAUCUCUUCCAUCGAACACCAUCUGAAUCAGAAAAAUGUUCAGCUCAGUGAGUAUCCUUCUCCAUCAAAAGAGGUUGAUAGUAGACAGCCUGGAUCAAAACUCAAUUUCCUUCCCAAGUACCAGCUCAAACUGCCACAGCCUACAGAGUCUGGAAGACUGGCUUCUGAGCUCCCUUCAGGUACGAUGGAGAGAAAUGCUCUUUCAAGCAUCCCUGGAAAUGAAGAGAAACAAACAUCGACACCGGACAUGGUUUCAGCGGAGGGAUAUACACUUGUCCAAACAUCCAUGCUCACCUCAACAUCUUCAGAGGUACACACUGCCAAAACGAACCCAGCUUCUACCGAUACGCACACCACCACACCCAUUCCAAACUCUACAGAGAGACACUCUGGUAGAUCCAUCACAACUGCCACGCUGACUAACACGUGUACAGGGAAACACCUUGAUAUCCUGACCUCGGUAUCAACGGAUAGCAGCUUUGUCACACCAGCCGCAAUUGCCGUACCCAUAUGUUCUGUAGGGAGACCCACAGACACAACCGUUCCAUUCUCCACAGAAAGCCACUGUGAUACACCAGCAUCUUCAGGAGCCACGCUCAUCCCUAGAGAUACACCCACUUCAGUCGGUUUUAGCUCUUUUAAUUCCAACAGUUGUUUCCCAGAAGGUGAGUCACUGGUUUCCUCUCACCUUCACCCAUAUAAAGGGCAACUCACAUUACUGAACGGUUCACCACAUGGAGCUCCUGCAGAUACCGGUUUGUUCAGGGAGCAAAGAGGGGACAUACAGAUACUUCUGCAGAUUGUUUCUGGCGAUCAGUUGUCAGCUGCGGAUGUUCAGCAGGAGCCUACACAGGAGGCUAUUUCCAGCCAGGAUGUUCCCAAAGACGAAUCGAAGAUUGACGAAGCAGGCGGUGCCACUCAAAAACUACAGAAAAUUGUCUGUCAUGACAUGCAAUUUCUUCCUUGUAUUGAACAGAAAAACAUCGACAAAGAACUGGCAGCCAGUGCUACUGGUAAGGUGCUGACUGCACCAGUGGCUUCCAGUUGGAGGACUGGGCUGGAGUUCUGUCAAACAAAGCAGCACAAGCAGAAUGAAAGACCUUCAUCGAGGGACACCAUACAUUCGAGUCCGAUUGCCGUACCUCUGCAGCGUUGCUCAAACGCAUCAGCGCAGACAGGCAGUACCGAAGAAGUCCAAGACAGAGCACUUCCUAGCGGUGGUGCAGAAGGUUCAAAACUCAGCUCAAGCCAAACAACAGAGAAACCAAACAUCAUGCCCACGUCAACCUCAAACACUACACAUCAAGAGCCUUCCUUACGCAAGGGUCAUCCGGACAAGACAGCAGAGAACAGGAACAAAACAGAAAUAAAAGAGUUGGCAGAAGUUCUCACUUCUGUCCCAACAGAAGAAAGUGGCAGACCGCAUGUGCCACGUGACCUGAAAUCAUCCUGCCACCAAAGCCGUCAACAGGGUUUCAAGGUUGAUGAUGUCAACAGGAUGCCUGGGAGUUCUUGUCCCUAUGUGGCUACAACAGGGCAGCAACAGCAGCUUACUAAUUUCGAUGAUUUGGCUGUAAUUUUGCAGAACCCUUCCAACGCCAUGGUUAUGCCUCCAAGUUUGAUUGACACCAGUCGAUUUUCUCUCUUGCAACAGACAAAGCACAAAAUCUUCCUCAACUGUGAACUCCAACACCCAUUGCAGCCACAAUUUUCUCACCAGUGGAAUUCCAUAGGAUGUCCUGGUGGACAUGUCGCAUCAGGUCAACCUCCUCAGAACCAGUCUCGUACCGCAAUAACCAUAAGCACAGACAGAACUGACAAGUCCGGCGGAAACGGCGACACGGAUGGCUUGUCCAAAUCACAAAUCUUAUCCACCUCUGACCCCGUGCUCUGCUACACUGAUCAUAUAAUCUCAGAUGCAAAUCCAGCUGCUGUUUCUCUGCAAUACACCAGACCAUGGUUAUGUAAAGAAACAAAUCUUUUCCAGAAAAACCAGGUAAAAUCCUUGCCAAAAAUGCAAGAAUCAGACAGAGAUCUGUCCAGACCAAUUUGUAUGGAUUCGGUGGCGUUUGUAAAGCCUGACCUUCAAUUAAAGAAUCGUAUCAGCACUAAUCCACUGUGUGCAGCACUUGAAAUUGCUCAGCAUUCUGCUUCCAAGCCGGAAUCACAGCCCCCUACGACUCAAAAUGUUGCUACACCAGAGGGAGGUAGAACAGAGAAAGAUCUUCGAGAAGUGUUGGUAGAGACAUCAUCACAGGUUUCUUCCAAAGCUCGAGAAGUUGGGCAACAGGGAGCAUGUCCCGCAAUACCCUCAGGCCAGCAGAAGCUUAUUCAAGCGGGGGACAACUCCUUCUGUCCACCAUCUACUGCAGAAAUCACCUCAGGAAGUGUGCUGGUCCACAUCACCAGCCAACACAAGCCUUCCCAUCAAAGCAGUUCCAGCAGUGUUGUGGAUUUAAAGACUGAGAGUGGGAACAGUGUAAAUGAAGCUUCUGAUUCAAGCCAAACCCUACCACUAUGUUCUGCACAAGGAGGAGAGGUGUCCACCAGCACCAGUGUUGGACAGGGAGCUGAAAUUCCGUCAUUUCCCGUCUUGCAUGCCAACCCAAGCAAAUCCAGAUUCCUUCCUAAUUCAGACACCUGUAUGGCUGUCUCCCCAAGGAUGCUUCCAUCAGUGAAGACAGAGGCAAUGGCAGCUACUCUGAUGACUUCUGAUGUGCUUCAUCAGACAACCCUAGAGCCUUGGGGCUCAACACCAGCACAUGCAGCGGGAGCCAGGCUGCUCAUGAGGAGCUCUGUGAUGAUCAGUGGAGAUGGAACUCAGGACAAGUCAACUGCUCCACAGCGCCAGCCUCAAGACACUCCUCAGGACGGACGAGCAGCGGGUCAAGGGGAGGUGUUGUUAAGCUGUUAUGCUUCCACCUCUUUCUGCACGCAAAGAAAACGGUCAAACGGUGGAACUGCAGUCUGUGAUGUCAAAGACGGGCGAGACGAGCCAGCUGCAGAGCUUCUGCAUGGAGGUUCCCCUAGCUGCGGCGCCCCCCAGGGACAGCAAGGGGCACAGCACCACAGUGAGAGCGAUCGAAAGACCGGGGGAAUGGAAGGACAGGACGUGGUGGGAGUCGAGGGACCGAGAGGCGGUAAAAAAACUCCGGGUGACGGACCAAACGGAUGUAAGAGUUGCUCCUCCCAGCGCUGCUCCACGAGCGACACCACCGUGUCCGGCGGCCAUCAGAUGCCCACCCAGGUCAAGACCGCUCUGACGCACACGCUACGACCCGGUGCUCAAAGCGAGAGCGCUGGCCCUCGUAGCCGGAACCUUCCGGUGCAGAAGGAGCCCACCUCGUCGCAUGCCGCGGAGGAGCCAGCGCUGAGCGGAGCCGCUUUCUCGUGCGCUUUGUCGGACCCCAUCCUGAGCGAGACCCCAGGACCCCAGGAUGUGAGCUGCGAGUCCGCCGAGAGCGCGGAACGGACCGGAUCGGUGCGCUCGCACACCGGCCCAAUGCACUGUGUAGCGGCGCCGGGUAUGAGAGCCAGGGGCCUAGACAGGGUGGCCAAGGGCCCCACGAGGGGGGCCCAGAACGUUCAGGAGGAUGGUGGCGACUCCAGCAGCAGUGACGAUGAAGGGAAGCUGGUUAUUGAGCUGGACGUGACGUAACGGCCUUAAUACAUGUAUAGCAUGGCCUUAACGCGCACACACACACACAGGCACACACACAAAUUAAAGCCCCCCUCACCCGCACACACACAAAACAUAGCCACGACUGAUAGGGCGAUGUGGGGGCAUUUUCACCCCGGCCUCGUUCACCCGACUGUUGCACUAAAGCUACUUUUGUUGUCUCCCGUUUCCAUGGCAAUAUGGAGAGGGACGUUUGCCGCCCCGCUGCCCUCCUUCCGCUGGCACCGGGAGCGAAGCGGUGUGUCGCUGCAGCAAUACUGACUCUUCCCGGUAAUCGAUGACACGGUUUUGUUGAGCAGUCGCAGCACCUUUAUUUAAAGUGUGGAAUGUAAAUAAAGGGAACAUACGUUCCAUCUGCCCGGUCCCCUGUGGUCAGUGACCCCACUUGGACCGUUCCUGCCCGUGACGCGUGUCAAAGGUCACAUUACUUCACGGGAUGUGGCUGCUCUUUCAAGCACACACACACACGACUCGCGCAGUGCUGCGCGCACACCUUUGCUCGGUCACUUCUCCAAGCUUGUCCGAAUCAGGGCCCCCCCACCGCGGCAGGCUGCCCUCCAAAGACGGGACUGUUCUGGAAUUUUCCACGUGCCACGCGGGUCCCGCGGACGCAUCAGUCACCAGCUCGUUAGCGGGAAGACGACGGGGGAUCUCAUUCAGCGGGAGAUCAUCGGCUCCUCCAAGCUCUCCGUCACCAGCUGUACACCAAGCUUUACUACAAUUUACACCGUGCCGACACUGUAAACUGUGUUACCGAGACCCUGUAUCCAAGCACUGCCGAACCAUUCUUGGCCUUUCCCUCUUUUGACUCUGUGAUUGUUUCACUUUUCGGUACGUCCAGAGAGCUGCGCGUCUCCUCCUGUCGAUCCAGUCCGCAGGUUUUUUGCUCAUUUUUCUCAGCUGUUUAAACAGAGAAAAAACGGAAGUAAACGAGAAGCGAAGAGUGUGUCGCGCUUUCCUCCAUUCCUGCUAUGUCUGCGUCUGUGUGUGUGUCCCGUAGCGCUUCGGUUUGGUUCAGUU